UGAGAGAAAACCACACGGCCUGCCUCCAUCCUGUUACAGACAUCACACACAUACACAUCUAAAUCAGGACAUAUUGUGCACCUCUAUUGUUUUUAUCUAAGACUAAUAAUAGCAAUGACUGCAGACAAACUUUAUUGCUAAAACGAAACUUACGUUUUUACGUUCUUACAUUAAAAACAAUAUGUUUAAUUUAUAAUUAUUUCCUAUUGAGAACAUACUCAGAUUUUGUCUGAUUUAGAUGAUAUUAUAAUUUAUAUUUAUAUUUUAAUAUGUAUAUGUUUUUUUUUUCUUGUAUUUUCCAUUUUUAUUUUAGUUGAACAAAAUCAAAUAAAACAUUGUCUUCAUGUUUUCUCUGACAUUUUCACACAAUAAAUAAAGACAAUGUAUUGAAAACAUUUUUAAAUUUGAAAUUUUUAAUGUUAGGAGAAGAUUUACAAAUUAAUGUUUUUAAAACUUAAUAAAAAAAAAAAAAAUCUUAGAACACAUUUUAAGCUGGGCUGAUUUAACCAAUGGUGUGAGUUUGAGGGCGGGACUAUCUGUUUAUCCGACCAAUGACAGGUUAGAUGAGUGUCUCGGAAACAUUUUUGAAUGUUUUGAAGUGUUUUUGGUACACCAGUGGCACAGAUAUUAUGCACAACACUUUUAGUCUGCAUUUUCAUGACCUGGUCUAUUUUUUAAACUGAACCUGAACUGAGACUUCUUUUGGUCAAAUGUUUUGAUUAUAAAGUGUGUUUGUGCAUCUUUUACUACAGUAAAUCACAUCUGAUUAAGUGACAUUCAGACAUAUUAUUAAUAGGGGGCAUUUUUUUUACACCAUGCAAUAUGUUUUCUAACAUUAGGGCACUGACGCACAAAACACACACACACACACACACACACACACACUCAACACUGAAACACUUCUUUGACCCUAAAUCUUGAACGCAUUUGUCCAGUGUGUUUUUUGUGUGUGUGUGUGUCCAGACCUUCUAUCAGCAACUAAUGUGACCGGACAGAAGAGGAAAACCAGGACACACAGCGGGAUUAACACACACACACAUAGAGAGAGAGAGAGAGAGAGAGAGAGAGAGAGGGAGGAGAUACGAGACGCUCAGUUCACCAGUAGAUGUAAGGAGAGACAGAUGUGCUUGUGUGAGAGAGACAGAUCGUAAACACAGACAAGAGAAAAUCACACAGACGGACGUAAGAAAGAAGAACAGAGGCACACGGAAGAGUCUGAUCUCACACAGGAAUAUAGGAGAAACAGAACGAGUGAAUGAGAGAGAGAUGAAGAGAUGAAGAACAGUCCGUUCACCUACAAAACACUCUGUGAUGAAGUCAGGUAAACGACGAAUUUGGAGACUAAAAAGUGAUACUGGACACUGGACUGUCGUAAAAAAAUGGAUUUCUGACCAAUGUGAUUAUUUCUAAUGCUGUGGAAUACAAUUUCCCAAAACACACAGUGGAAUAAUUAUCUUUGUUUUAGAUAGUAUGCUUACAAAUAAAGGCCACACCUCCUACAGUUCCUCCUCAGGGGGCUGAGCCAAUCAGCAGAGGUCAUGGGCCGUAGGGCAGCUGACACAUCCAAUGCAGUGCCGGCGCUAGAAGUACCUCUAGCUGGUGGGCAGGCCGUCCUGUCUCAAAAAUGGGGCCCUUUGUGCAGUGUUGGCGUCCAAACGUCGCCGGGCCUUCGCUCACUUCCGUCAUUGAAGAAGAAGACUCAAACGGUCAGUACGACCAAUGGACCAACUGCCGAAACCAUGUCACUGGAUCGGCCGAGGCGUUUUGAAGUUAACGGAAGUCACGUUGUCAAGGCUGUGUCCAGAAACCAUGUGGCACAAGACAGGACAUCCCAGGAGAGUGAGGUGUACUAUCAAAUUAAAGCCAAUCCAAACCAAUUCAGGUCAAGGGGGAGUUUAAAAAGAACCCCUCGAUAUGUUAACGGAAGUAUUGUUGCAUCUGAGGUGGUGGGUGGAGUUUGCAGCGAAGGGGCUGAAUCUGAGGAAGCGAGACGGCAGAGUCAAACAGUGACACAUGAAUGUAAGCGAGGUCAGUUGCUAAAAGGUGAGGCAUCCAGGCCAAUCACUGACUCAUACACCACGCCCCCUCGCCCAUGUCGCAUGAUGACGUCAUCACCCAGACUGUGCACCAGCUGUGGGCGAAGGCAGUCUCAAGCCCCACCCUGCAUAUCACCUGCUUGUCAGAAACGAGCAGCCAGUCAUGUUCAAGCGACCGUGAUGCUUCCGCCGCUGCUGAGGAAAGGCUGUUCGCCUUGCUUGCAGAAACAAAACUCCACGAUUGUACAGCCAACAUACACGCAAAUUCCCAAUCACACAAUGCAAAAUGCAUGCUCCACCCCCUCACAGUCCAACAAAAAGGAUCCAAGAACAGAAGCAUUUACGCAGUCUGAAAAGGCCAAACACGACUUGACAAUGCAACACACGCAAGCACGAGUCAAAACAGAAUCAGUCACACAACACACAUCGCAAGACGCGAAGAACAAGUGUACGACCACACAAAAGCACAAAUCCGCCACGUGUAAACCGAUUAGCAGUGAGUCCCAAGCCACACCCACUCUUCCACCAAAGCAAGACUUGAAACCAACACAAGUCAAAUGUAAACCAGCACCUCCAGAGCUUCUGAUUGGCUCAGGGACGGUGCCUAAACCACAACCCCCGCCCACCCCUCCACCAGAACCUAAAACUGAAAGAGAAACGGACUCUAAAGACACUCAUCCGCCUCCAACAGAUGAUAUCCCACAAUCCAACGGUGCACCCGGCGUUCUGCAUGGACUGCUGCAGAAUGUAGAAGAAAACCUGCUGUAUAAUCAGGAAAAGAUCAAAGUCCUUCUCAAUGUCAUUCAGGACCUGGAGAGGAACAAAGCAAUGAGUGAAGGGCGUUGUUCUUACAGAACAGGUCAGGACAUCAAUAACUGCUCAACCUGCCAGAAAACAGCCUGCAUCAUAUACAGCGUGGAACACGACUUCCGGGUGCAGGAGGGACACUUUCAUAGCAUUCUGGAAGCCUUGGAUGAAGCAGAGUACGAUGUUCCCGCCCCCGUCCCAAAGCCCGCCCACAUACAACCUCGAGCCAAGAGCCGCGUCAAGAAACUGCGAAAGAAGUGUUUCUGGUGGCUGUAGAGAACCAUCAGCAUGGAGAUCUACCGCGGUUUAGAUUGUAUAAGUACUUUCAUUGGCAUUCAUGGAAAAUGCCACCAGCAUCACCGCUGUCACAGAGAAUGUCGGAAAAUAAAACUGUUGGACCAUGAGCUUCAUAAUACAGUCCAGCAUAGAGGAUUUGUUAAAACGUUGCUCCUACUGAACGGAUUAUGCUUUAAAAUAACUGUAACAUUGUGACGGAAUUCUCAAAGCCCAGGCUGAACCAAAAGCUCAUCUGACAUCCUGAAAACUUGAGGACAAUUUAAAACCCAAGGAGACCCACAAGACCUCCAGUCAAUAAAUCCCCUUCAUAGUGUCUGACAGAGGCGGAGUGCAGUCGAUAUCCCUCUACGCUGACGGACAGAGUGUUAUCCUGAUGGAGAUUCUCUGUCUCAUCUCCUCAUCACCGUUCUCUGACCUUUGUGUGCGAUGGCUUUCGUCCCCGACUAAUGAAUGUCUAACGCUCUGUUCCCAAACUUAGUGAUCUGCCUACAUACACAGCAUGUUAAGGAAGCGGUAGUUGAACUCCCCAUCCAAAGGCAGUUCGAAAAUAGGUCGUCUUUUAAUAUAUGACCACACUGUAUUUUCCUUAAUGGUAACAACUAAGUUAAACUUACUGUUUAAAUAAAUCGUUCAGCCAAAACUGGAAAUUUGCUGAAAAUGAACUCACCCUCAGUCCAUCAAAGAUAUAGGUGAGUUUCCUUUUUUUUUCCCCCAUGGGAAUAGAUUUGGAGAAAUGUAGCAUUCGUCAGUUGCUCACCAAUGAUUCCUCUGCAGUGAAUGGGUGCCGUCAGAAUGAGAGUCAAAACAGCUGAUUAAAACAUCACCAUAAUCCACAAGUAAUUCACACCACUCCAGUCCAUCAGUGUCUUGUGAAGUGAAAAGCUGUUUCUGAGAAACAAAUCCGUCAUUAAGAUGUUUUCAACUUCAAGCUUCUAGUUCUGGCCAAAUGAUGAGUCCAAAAUCUAUAAUGAGCUUUCUCCAGUGAAAAAAGUCCAUCCCCUGUUGGACUCUCAUUCUGAUGGCACCCAUUCACGGCAAAUGAUCCUUUGGUUAGCAAGUGAUGCAAUGCUACAUUUCUCCAAAUCUGUUCCCAUGAACAAACAAACUCAUCUACAUCUUGGAUGGCAUGAGGGGGACUACAUUUUCAGCAAAUGUUCAAUUUUGUGGUGAACUAUUCCUUUAAUUGGAUUCAAUAGUCUAGAAGCAGUCAGUCACUUGAUUUCAGUAAGGAUGCUGCCUGUUUAGAGAUCAAGCAGCUCACUAGGUUUUGGAACAGAAUUCAAAUGUAUUAAAUAUUGAAGUACAGAAUUCAACAUUUUAAAGUCCUAACAUUUUCAAGUAAUAAUGUGAUUCUAAAAGCAAAAGCAAGAGGGAAAGUGUGACUAAAGGGGCUGUUCAUACCAAACAUUCUAGUAUUACAUCUGUGCCAUUUUUUAGUUGGUCAAUAUACAUAAACAUGAAUUUGUAAAACACUGUGUCAAAUUAAAAGUAAAAUUUUUAACAUACGUAUCACAUUUGGUUUCCCUGGAGACAUUUUCAAAUGUAUGCAAAUGGCUCCUAUUGCUACGUUCAUGUCUGAUUGAAAUUAUCAUAAUCACUAAAUGAGAUUCUACUCAGAAUUGUUUAGCUUCUCAGAAUCAGGAAUUAUACAUUUAAUGUCAAAAUUGCUGCAUAAAAAUAGAAUGGUUAUUAUUAGAAUGGCUUUAUUCAUGAUGAAAGUUAAA